AUGAGCAAAACGAAUCCUUUAGCUGGUUUAAUUGGUAAUUAUGGUGAUUCUGAUGAGGAUUCAGAUGAUGCGGUAAUGCGCUCUAGCUCAACACAUAGUGUCUCAGAUAAGAAAACUCAUAAAGUUCCAGCUGCUACAGGACUGGACCAGACUUCUAACAUUGCCGGUAUUCAUCCGGCUCCCAUAGCACAUUGUCCCUGGUCGGCCUGUUAUGAUGAAAGCAGUGGCUUCACUUAUUACUGGAAUCAAAAAACAAAUGCUGUUACAUGGGAGGCACCUCCAGAAUAUUUGUUAGCUCUUAAGAUAGCUCAACAGCAUUUGAAUACUUCAGGUUCAACAGAAGUAUCAGCUGAGGAAUGGCAGUUGUACCAGCAGGCACUAGCAGAAAAACAGAAUUCACAGAACAAAGUGAUAGCCAAAGCGGCAAUUGCCAAGUCUUCUAAAAAACCUGACAAACCUAGUGUUUUAGUGAAAGAUAAAAAGUCUAAGGGUAAAAAAAAGAGGCCUGUGAGUGAUGAUGACGAAGAAAAAAUUGAGUUAAUUACCUCCUACCACAACUCAGACUCUGAAUCGAACGACGAAGCAGAGACUCCUGUUACGGUCCAACCUCAACCGAAAGUAACAAAAGCUCCUGCGAAAGUUCUAAAGAAUCCACACAAAAAAUUGAAAACUAAACCACAAGUGGUUGAGUAUGGCCCAACUAUGCCUCCGAACAUGAACUACACGGUGCCAAUUGGACCUGAGCUUCCACCGAAUAUGAAAAAUGAAACGGUUCCUAAGUCGCCAGAGAAAAAAAAGAUGGAUACAGUAGUAGUAGUAGAAAAAGAGGAAAAGAAACCAUCAUUGUCUAACGAUAAUGAAGAUAGCCAGGAUGAAAAUAUAUUACUUAAAAAAUUGAAGGACAAAGCUAGACUAUUAGAAAAACUUGGUGGCGAACUACCCUCAGAAUUACAACAAAUGAUCAACGAUGAAACAACAUCAAUAACAGCCUCACCUAAAUCAACAGAUACAAACAAAGCCACAAACCUGGACAUAGAUGAUUUGUUACAAGAAAUAGAAGAGAAAGAGUUUCCCAAAGUUAAAUCUAAAACAAACACUGAUAGUAAAGAUUCAAAAUCAGACAUAGUUAGUGCAAGUAACUCCCCAAGAAGUGAUGGUAGUAGAACACCUCCGUUAGAAGAACUGAAAUCUCUGUUUCCGAGUAGUAAAAACAUUGCUGUACUAGCUACACCCGCAUUGUUCCCCAGUGCGGUGAAUGUUGAAGAACCUUCCGAUGUGAAACCGGAAAGUCCGCAACCGAAAGUACCAGAAAAAAAGGAAAAUAUGUAUUUAAUGGAUGCAAAUGAACCUAUAGAAAACGUGAACAGAAAGAAGCUGAGGAUUUCCAAUUCGGUGCUGCCAGAAAGGAAGACUGUUGAGAACAAGACUACACCUGCGUACACAACAAAAUAUUCCCAGUUUAUUGAAGGUUUCUCUACGGAGAGGACUGGCUUAGGUUUCAGUAAAGAAGAAAAUGGUAGUGAUAGUCCAAAGAACACCAUAAGUUAUGGCAAUGGGUUAACAUUCACUAAAGGGGAGACAUUAAAUGAGGAGAAGGCAGAUGACGAAUUGAGUGAUAUGACAGACCUGAUUGAAGCCAAGUUAAAGUAUUUAAAUGAGUUGCAAGCAAGUGCAGUGACACCGGUUCAAGAGAUGUUUAUACAGUUGCAGACGUUGAUAUCCGCGUCUAACUCUGGCGCGCUGCGCGCCGGCUACCUGUCGGCGUGGGCGCGGGGCGCCGGCGCCGCGCUGGCGCGCCACGAGGCGGCCGCCGCGCCGGCCGGCUGGAGCUGCGCCUUCCUGAGGUCGGAGGGGCGCUACCGGUACCGGCGGGAGGCUGACGGGCUGGAGCAGUGGGAGUACCCGGCGAGAGAUGACACCGACAUGGACAUCUCCACUACACCUCCUCACCCCGGCAUCGAACCCAAGGAGGAGCUUCCGAGCCCGCAGUUGGUGCAACAAGCACCGCUGCUGCCUCCCGCUGCCGCGAGGUCGCUCUCCCCCUCCCCCUGCGGCUCGCCCGCGGCCCCCCCUCCCGGCGAGCGCGGCGCCACGCCGCCGCCGCCCGCGUGGCCCGAGCCGCCGCCGCCGGGCUGCGACGAGCCGCCACCGCUGCCACCGGAACCGAAAAAAGAGAUCGGCGACGAGCUGAUGUCCUUCUACAGCGACAUCGCGGAGCUUGAGAAACAGUCCGGUCCAAACACAGCGUCCAAUUCCCCAGAGCCGCCGCCGCCGCCGGAAAUUAAGGACUACAGGGCGAAAGACAAAGAUGCUAAGACUAGUAAGAAGAAAUCAAAGGUAAAGAUAUCUGCAUCGAUGGGACUGAAACACAAAUCCGUAUCCACCUUAGUUGCGAAAUGGCAACAGGUCGCCGAAGAGAUCACUUCCGAUUGA